AUGUUUGACAAACAAGUACAAUAUCGGCCAGGAAGAUACCAAGUGCUUACUGGAGAGCAAGAGAUUCUUCUUAAGCAAUCAUUGGCUUAUGUGUUUAAGUAUUUUGGUUACGACAUCGAUAUCGACCCUGAAGAUCUCAAAUACAAGGAAUGUUUCAUAGCUAGCACAAGCACAACUCAACUUGACGAGUCACAACUCGCUCCCAUAUCAUUAGCUAAUAUGAUAACCAAAGCUUCUACUAGUGGUAAAUCCACUACAUCUUCGAAAAGGAGAGGCUUUUUCAGGAAGCAUAUUGAAGAAGAUUCACCACCACAUGAUUCCAGAAGAAUGUUACAAAUCCAAACUCAAUCUUCCCAAGAACGGUACUAUCCAGUCAUAACCCCCAGUCAAAAAUUUUAUGAAGUAUUUGGUCAAUAUUACAAACUGUCCUAUGAAUAUGCUGACGAUUAUGUAGACCUGGAUGAAGAAGAUUAUGAUAAUGAUUCCUUAUACUCGACCGAGUCAUAUGUCACUGCGGUUACUUCCCUAUCCGCGUUGGAGUUUACUCCUACAUUUAUAGAGGACCAACAAGACCUCCUCAUAUCCAAGAAAACCCUAUAUAAGCCUUUCUCCGCCAGUCGGAACAAAGUGCACCCCAGAACUAACAUUCUUCCGUUUCUUGCUAAAUACAAUCCUCGUGAGAUGCAUCUUGGUCUUGUUCGAGCCUGCAGAACUGAUUUAUUUGACAAUAUGUGCUUAAGAUAUGUCAGAGCCAGAAAAUUGGAUGUAGAAAAAGCUAUCAAUAUGCUUUUUGGCACUCUAAAUUGGAGGAUAAACGAAAUGCCUGCCGACUUGUGGGUGUUUGAAUCAGAUGGCCCUUCAUACUUAAAUGGAAUCAAUAAAGGGUUUACAACGAACUUGAUGGCUGAUGAAGGCUGGAUUAAGGGUCGUGAUAAAUUCAACAAUCCAAUAUUUUUCUUCCAAGCUAAGAAACAUUUUAUUACUGAUUCUCCUAUUGAUCAAACCAAAAGAUGGAUUAUCGUGAUGAUUGAAUGGCUUAGAAUGUUUUUGAGAGAUGUAAGUGAAUUGUGCGACACUUUUACUGUCUUGUUUGAUAAGACUGGUUUUUCAUUGAAAAAUGCUGAUUAUGCGGCUAUCAAAUUUUUAGCAACCUGUUUAGAAGCACAUUAUCCCGAAACUCUAGGAUUUAUAUUAGUUCACAACGCUCCUAGGAUCUUUUCUAUCUUCUGGAAAAUAGUAAGACCAUGGAUUGAUCCUUUCGUGGCUGCCAAGAUCAAUUUCACUAACAGUAUUGAGGAUCUUUCGAAAUAUAUCGAACCUGAAUUCCUACCCGAUUAUCUCGGAGGAGAAGACAAAAACAAACCCUACUACCCUCCAGAAGGAUUUGAUGAUAAACCACCAAAAAGGAAGGAUGCACGGUAUCGCCAAUUGAGAAUGGAGAGAGAUGAAAUAUACUUGAAAUUUUUCGAAACCACGAAAAGAUGGAUCGAAUCAACCAAUCCUGCUGUUUCGGACAGGUAUUAUAAAGACAAGCUCGAUUUAUCAAUUCAAUUAAGUAAGAAUUAUAUUGCAUUGGAUCCAUAUAUUAGAAACAGGGGUAUAUACGACAGAGACGGAAGUGCUAACCUUACCAUUUGA